GGCCAGACAAAGCACGUUGAGUAUCUUCUCAAUGCUAAGGUCUCGACAGAAUUCAAGGACGAUGACGAUCGCACUCCGCUUCUCUGUGCCGUGGAAGAAAACAACAUCGACAUUGUUGAACUCUUGCUGCGAAGCAAAGCUGACUGGAAUGCAAGAAAUAAGUCGAAGCGGACAGUGUUACAUAUAGCUUCAUCUAACGGAUCCAAUGGUAUAGUUCUCAAGUUUUUGAGCAUCCCCGAACUCGAUUUAGAUGCUCAGGAUGAACAGUUCGAAACUCCUUUACACCUUGCUGUAAGGAGUGGACAUCAAAUGGCAGUGAAGUUUCUACUAGAGUUUGGGGCAAAUGUCAAUGCAAAAGACAAAAAAGGUUUCACGCCUCUACAUCUAGCGGCAGCGAAGCGAGGACCUACCCUGGUUAAGAUGAUAUUA